GGGACUCCUUCUGUUCCUCCCCCUCUCUCUCUUUCUCUCUCUCCCCCCUCCUCUGACACUGCAGUCCUCAAUUUCUCUGUUUCCAUCUAUGUGGUAAGCUUGAUACCUGAUAGUGCAAACAAAGCAAACACCCCACACCUUAUUAUUGUUUGGUCACCACCCCCUAAAACUUUCUCAGUUUUCCAGUGUCCUGAAAAUUUCUGCUUCUCUUUCUAUAUUGUUCCAAGCUUUGUGAUCCCUCAAUACUUUUGCUAGUCCCUUUUUUAGCUUCUCACAACCACAACCCUUCAGCCAAAUCACAUCAAUUCCUUUCUCUCUCACUUCUUUUCCUUUGCUCUCCUAUUGGCUUUAUUUCUCUUCUUCUUCUUCUUCCACCUAAGCUCCUCCUAAUGCCCUCUUCUUGCCAUGGAAACCACAAUGGAGGAUAUGCUGAAUCUUCUUAUGGAGUAAACCAACAAGAGUUUUCUGGAAUAAACUCCAUGCCUACUCCCUUCCUUACUUCCAAGCCUUGAAAAGAAAGGAUCACUUCUGCUUUACCCCUGCAGCCUAGAGAGAGGAAGGUGGGUUUUGUUCUGUCCUAGGUUCUCAAGCAUUCUGCAUUGCUGCAUGGCUCCAACCAUCAUGGAGCAUCUCUACCUGUUUGUUUUCUUCGGUUGUACUUAUGAGACAAUGAAGUGGUGGUCAUCUGAAUGCUAGUAGGAAAUCUCUAGGCACUGUUGUGAUUCUUGUUGUUUUCCUCAUGGGUGGGAAAGUCUAGUCUCCCACAACCAACAAGAGAUUACUUGGCUAUCAUCUUUCAUGCUUCAGGAUUUUAAAUUUGUUAGAAAGAAAGGUCAGCAUUGGUCUUCAGAUUACAAUGACUACAUGGUCUUUUUUGCAAUUCCAUCAUCAUCUAUCUUGUUCUUCCUCUUAUGAAUUAUUGUCCAAAUCAAUCUGUUAAUCUCACCUUCAUCUAGUUCUUUUUUCUGUUUUCUAGUCACAUAUUUACUCUGGAGAUAGAGCCAAGCAUCUCUUCCAAUUUUAGGAUCCCAUUCUUCACUCUUGGGUCUUCAAGGUUGGAACAAGAGAGAGAGAGAGAGAGAGAGAGUGUGUGAGGUUUACCUGGAUAAGGUUCUCUAGAACUCAGAGCUUCUCAGUUUUCUGCCAAAGGGUAAGUGGGUUCAUCAUUUAGACUCCCAAGCAUUUCAGACCAAAAGCCUUUGCUCAAAGUAUAUGGAUCCUUGAGUGUCUAGUUUUAAUUUUACUUGUCCUUUCUUAUUCUUCUUUUUUUCUUGUCACUGACCUUUUCCUUCUGGUGUUGAGGUCAAAAAAAGGACCUCAAAAAUAGAGAGCACAAAGUUUAAGAGAAUGGAUCUUUCUGGUCAAGAAGGAGAGAUCCCAAUCCCAAUAACCAGUGUAUAUGUUGGUGGUCAUGCCCAUGGCAGCAUCCAUGACAGCCCUCCCAUCCACCACCCCUCCAAUGGCCCUCCUCCUCCUCCCCUAUCCACUGCCACCACAGAGGACCACCACCACAACACCACCAACUCCUACAGCACCAAGAAAGGGGUGGUAGUAAGGUACAGGGAGUGCCUCAAGAACCAUGCAGCUUCCAUCGGUGGGAAUGCCACUGAUGGGUGCGGUGAAUUCAUGCCCAGUGGCGAGGAGGGAACUCUGGAGGCCUUGAAGUGCUCUGCCUGCAGCUGCCACAGGAACUUCCACAGGAAAGAGACAGAAGGAGAGCCCUGCUGCGACUGGUUCUACCCCCUCAGGGGGAGGAAGGUGAUGGGCCACAAGGGCCUCCUCAUCUCAGGAUCAGAUGCAUUUGGUUACAGCCCUGCAUGCAAUAGCCUCAUUCCAAGGGCCACACCUCACAACAUGAUCAUGCCUCUUGGUGUCAUGCAGACCUCUGAGUCUGAUGAGAUGGAAGGGGUGGGUGCAAUGAUGGCAAGGCCUGUCGUGGUGAAGAAGAGGUUCAGGACCAAGUUCACCCCAGAGCAGAAGGAGAAGAUGCUGAGCUUUGCUGAGAAGGUGGGGUGGAGGCUGCAGAAACAGGAGGAGAGUGUGGUCCAGCAGUUCUGCCAGGAGAUUGGGGUGAAGAGGAGGGUCCUCAAGGUGUGGAUGCACAACAACAAGCAUCACUUGGCAAAGAAGAACUCUCUCCAGCUUGAAUGACCACUGAAAUCCUCUUGCAUCAUCAUGCCAAAUGCUCAUCUUACAAUGAAGGAGAUAUAAACUAGAGAUCCAUCUACCAAGAACACAGAUUAAUUGCGAGGAAUGGACAGGAAGCUCUAGAGCUAGCUAGCUCUGCAAGGAAGAUGGAGAACUCUCUGACAGAUCCAUGCUUCUUCUGAGCUCCUACCAUGGCCGAAAGCACUCGACUCACUGAGUCUAGCAAUUAUUUGUGGUUCAAGUUGCAUAGAAAGGCAAGCAUUACAUUCUCAUCCAAGCGCGGUCACCUUGGAUUGACCAUAAAGCCUAUGAAUCACCAUUGUUGUUUGAAUUGAUGACCUCCAGAAGACAUGGUUGCCUCCAUGAAGUCAGUACUGUGUAGUGUCAUAACUACACUCUUCCAUCUUCUGUGAUUGAGAUUCUGCAAGGCCACAGCACUAACUAAAUCAAUCACAUGAAUUUAACUUAGA